AUGGCUUCUCCAGUUACCACAAAAUUCCAGGCCGCUUUACCUUUCGCACUUCUUUCAAUUUCACCCAGUCUUGCUGCCCUUCAUGCUUCUCGAGCGCGCUCUCUCUACCCAGAAGAAUUUGAUUCUUCAUCCACCACGAAUUGUCUACGGUGUGGUUCAUAUCUGUUGGCCGCCGAUGGCUCUAUAGAACUCCGCAGACCAAGAAGGAGAAAGGUUGCUGACAAGAAAUUAAACGCCAUCAAGAUUACUUGUCAUCGCUGUGGCUUUAUUUCCUAUACUUCGUUUGAUAGGAGAGAGACAUUCCCUCAGUCAAAGCCUACCACUGGUGCCCAACUAUCACUACCAUCGCUGGUCCCUCCAGUGUCCGUUUCAUCUCAGUCAGAGCAUAAACCGAAAGAAGAAUCGAUACCGUCUUCAUCACGUUCUUCUGUGCCAGUUGGUUCAUCCCCUGUGACACAUUCGACGCGAGGAACUACACCCAACCUGCACACAAAGCCCAAAAAGAAGACAACGGCAUUGCAGGAGAUGUUAGCUCGCAAUCGAGAGAAGGAGGCUUUUACUACAAUGAUAAAAAGCCCCCUCAUGGUUUUGGCGAUGUGUAUCUCCUUCCUCGUCCUCAGGCUCGAGCCCACUUGGAAUGAGACAGCCGGGGAAGGAGGAGAUGCAGGAGAUCGCUCCUCCAAUAGGCUAAACGACAUAUCUGAAGGUUCACAUUCAAAUAAUACAUAA